AUGAGCCACUUUCCUGCUACAAAAAAUGAUCUGAUAUUGAGGGCUGCAAAGGGGGAAAAAGUCGAAAGACCUCCAUGCUGGAUCAUGCGCCAGGCUGGUCGUUACUUGCCGGAAUAUCAUGAAGUGAAAAACAACCGUGAUUUCUUCCAGACUUGCAGGGAUGCGGAAAUCGCUUCCGAGAUUACUAUCCAGCCCGUGAGACGUUACAGGGGCCUUAUUGAUGCUGCCAUUAUUUUCAGUGAUAUCUUGGUUAUUCCUCAAGCCAUGGGCAUGAAGGUCGAAAUGCUCGAAGGUAAAGGCCCACAUUUCCCAGAACCUUUAAGAACUCCGGAAGACCUGCAGAUUGUGCUGGAUUACAAGGUCGAUGUUUUGAAAGAGCUAGAUUGGGCUUUCAAGGCAAUAACUAUGACAAGAAUCAAGUUGGACGGCGAAGUUCCCUUAUUUGGGUUUUGUGGGGGGCCCUGGACUUUAUUGGUUUACAUGACUGAAGGUGGCGGGUCCCGUCUUUUCAGAUUUGCCAAACAAUGGAUCAACAUGUAUCCAGAACUCUCUCAUGAAUUAUUGCAGAAAAUCACUGAUGUAGCCGUGGAGUUCCUAAGCCAACAAGUGGUGGCAGGUGCGCAGAUAUUGCAAGUUUUUGAGAGUUGGGGUGGCGAACUUUCAUCUGUGGAUUUUGAUGAAUUUUCCCUACCAUAUUUGAGGCAAAUUGCUGGAAAAGUACCAAAAAGGUUGCAGGAACUGGGUAUCAAGGAACAGAUUCCUAUGAUCGUUUUUGCCAAAGGCUCAUGGUACGCCCUAGACAAAUUAUGCAAAUCCGAUUUUGAUGUUGUCUCGUUGGAUUGGAGCUGGGACCCAAAAGAAGCCGUUACGAUUAACAAGGAUCGCGUUACCUUGCAAGGUAACUUGGACCCUGGCGUCAUGUAUGGUUCUAAGGAAAUUAUAACGAAGAAAGUGAAGCAAAUGAUUGAAGGUUUUGGCGGUGGAAAGUCUCGCUACAUCGUUAAUUUUGGUCACGGUACCCAUCCUUUUAUGGAUCCAGAUGUUAUCAAGUUUUUCUUGGAAGAAUGCCACAGAAUUGGUUCUUUGUAG